AUGUCGGGGCGUGGAGAAAAGCUGGAGUUGGGCCACGGGGUCGGGCUGGCGGAUGAUGAGGGGAUGGAGAUCAGUUGUUCUUUCUAUAAUAAAUCAAGACUCGUCUUGCUCGUCUCGAGAUCACGUGCCGGAGCGAGUUCCCCGAGAGCCCACGUCCACGUCUUCCCUCUCACACAACGCACAGCACACACUCUAGUACUAAGUCCUGUCCAACAGCGCAUCCGCUCCUGCAUCUGCAAGCUCCAACCCGGCCAUUCUGCCCUCUCGUUCUCGUUCUCGUCCAUCGGCACAAUCUAUUGAAAUCACACUCCUCCACCAUCUACUGCUCGCUGACGGUCCCAAUCGAUGCUCAGCACCCAGAUCAGCCAACCAUCACGUGUUCAUUCUCGGAUCCACAGAGCUGGCCUAGUGCUAGCAGAGUUGCGAGCCGGCUUACUGGGAGCACAGGGCGACGUCGUCGUGCAGAGCUCGUGCUCACUUCCUGUCCCAGCGGCAUUGGACUCGCAUCCCACCGACUGCGAAGUCGUCCAAUCGAUUUCCCCAAAACUCUGAGUCGCGCUGGUCACUUCCAGACCUCACCUCCCCACCACUUUCUCCUGCGGAGACGGGCAAGGGCUGGCUCCGAGCAGCUCUCGACAGCAAUAUUCCGUUCCAAUUCGAUUCCGGCAGCAGCAACGCAAACCGCAAGCCUGCCAACAUCCCGCUCCAUUCCCUCUCCUCGUCCAAGAGACGCAGCCAGAGCGACGACUACGCUUACGACGACGAGAAGGGUGACCGCGAACGCCUGCGUCGGCGCUCCGGGUCCUUCGACACCACCGACAACGACGAGGACGCUGCUUCCGACUGGAGCGAUACCGGCGAUCUCGUCGACCAGCUUGCCGACGAGGAGGAUCCCCUUGCGGCACGGCUGAGAGAAACCCUCGACGAGUCCGAGCAGCAGAAGCAGGCGCGCAGGGGACGAAACCGACAAUCCAAAAAGGUCAGAUACGCAUCUGACGUCCACAACAGCGAGAAGGAGAAGCAGCAAGCUGGCUUCGUUGCAAGAAAGGAAGACAUAAGAGUACCGAGUCCGCCGCCCAAACCAAUUGGGUGGGGACCACGAUUGCUGGCCAGAGUCAUGUCGCCCGGUGAAGAUGGACCCUCACGCAUGCACGGCUUGCAUGGCAAGAAGCUCAUCUACUUCUUGUCCAUCUUCGUGUCCUUGGGCGUGUUCCUGUUUGGGUACGACCAGGGAGUCAUGUCGGGUAUAAUUACUGGCCCAUACUUCAAGAACUACUUCAACCAACCUACGGCCGCUGAGGUGGGCACCAUGGUUGCUAUUCUGGAGAUUGGUGCUCUGAUUGCUUCCCUAUCGGUCGGACGCAUUGGUGACAUGCUGGGAAGGCGGAAAACGAUCUUGUAUGGUGCCGUGAUCUUCGUGGUGGGAGGAGCCAUCCAGGCAUUUGCUUCCGGCAUGCCCAUGAUGCUAUUGGGCAGGAUCAUUGCUGGACUGGGAGUUGGUGCCCUGAGUACCAUCGUGCCUGUGUACCAGAGCGAGAUCAGCCCGCCGCACAACCGUGGUAAGCUGGCGUGCAUAGAAUUCUCCGGCAACAUUUUCGGAUACCUGUGCAGUGUCUGGGUGGACUACUUCUGCAGCUUCAUCAAGAACGACUGGGCAUGGCGUGUGCCUCUGCUCAUGCAGGUAGUUAUGGGAGGUCUGCUUGCUGUGGGAAGUUUCUUGAUCGUUGAAUCACCAAGAUGGUUGCUGGACAACGACCACGACGAGGAGGGCAUUGUCGUGAUUGCUAACCUCUACGGAAAGGGAGACAUCCACAACCCAAAGGCCAGAGACGAAUACCGCGAGAUCAAGAUGAACGUUCUGCUGCAGAGACAAGAAGGUGAAAGGUCUUACAGGGAUAUGUUCAAGCGGUACUACAAGCGCGUCUUCAUUGCCAUGUCUGCGCAGGCGCUGGCACAACUCAACGGCAUCAACGUGAUUUCCUAUUAUGCGCCGCUUGUGUUCGAACAGGCCGGCUGGGUCGGACGAGACGCCAUUCUCAUGACGGGAAUCAACGGAAUCACAUACCUGGCUUCCACUGUACCUCCAUGGUACGUCGUCGACCGUCUCGGACGCCGAUUCAUUCUCUUAUCUGGAGCCGUGGCCAUGGUCAUUUCACUGUCUGCAAUCUCAUAUUUCAUCUACAUCGACAUUCGCGCUACUCCGACUCUGGUCGUGAUCUUCGUAAUGAUCUACAACGCUGCCUUUGGAUACUCGUGGGGUCCGAUUCCGUGGUUGUAUCCGCCAGAGAUUUUACCGCUCAGCAUUCGAGCGAAGGGAGCGAGUUUGUCGACUGCUUCCAAUUGGGCAUUCAACUGGCUUGUGGGAGAGAUGACGCCGAUAUUGCAGGAGGCGAUCAAAUGGCGACUGUAUCUUUUGCACGCGUUUUUCUGUGCUGUCAGUUUUGUUGUUGGUGAGUCUUACCUCUGGUUAGAUGGAUGUUGUGGCACUGGCUAACUUGGGAUUAGUGUGGUUCAUCUACCCGGAAACAGCCAACGUGCGAUUGGAAGACAUGAACUCGAUUUUUGGCGAUGCAACGACAAUUGCACCCACCCCCGAGACCAUCGCCGAGGCCAACUCCAUCUUCAGUGGACAUGAUGGUCCUCAGUCGCCGAUCGGGUCACUGAGCCUUGGUGACAAUGGCGAGCAAAUUCCAAACAUGGAUCUCCAGCCUCCAGACGUCGCCAUUCAAGACGGCAAGCCCAUACUGAGCAAGGAUGAGAGUCAAGGUGAGGGAGUGGGAGGCUGGAUCAGCAACGUGGUGAAGCGAGCGAGAGGGGAAGAUACAAACGGUAGUGGAAGUGGAAGGUAUAAGAGAGUCGGACAAGAGGACGAGCAAUGA